AUCUUUGGUUUGUUUGUAGUCAGUGUGCGCACGUGUGUUUGUGGUGGUUGAUGUGUGUAGAUGGUAGUGCGAAUGAAAACUGUGUAGUACGUCUUGUGCUAUCGACGUCCAAACCAUGAAGACUGUAGACCAGCAGACACUGCUAACGAAUGGACUGAAAAAUUUGUUUGGCCAACAUUCCUUAAAAACACUGUGUGCCGAAAAUGUUGCGAAGCUGUCCACUGAGAACCGACAGGCACUUCUCUGCUACAUAUCACACUUGCUUAUACAACCCAGCCUUACUGAGCAAGUGGCAAAAAAUUUCCCCCAAAUUGUGUUGCAGUUGCUUCACAUAGCCAAAGACUGGAACAAACUGCAGACACUUUUCAGAAAUAUUAGCCCAUCUCUUCAUAUUAUGAUAUAUGAGAAUGAAAGUGAAAGACAUAAGAAAAUCUGUGUGGCUCUUGGAAAGCUAAUAAUGUUUCACCCGGAUGCACUAAGAUUCAGCUUGGAGUAUUUUGAAAAAUAUCCUGCACCAUUUACGUAUCUUUUUUCACGUUCAGAAGUUGCUUGGAACCGUGCUAUAUAUGUGGACGAACAAGUCUCAGAUUAUGAUAUUAUUGCAUCGUGCUACAGCUUUCUGUCCACCUCCUGUGAUCAUUUUCGGCAGUGUUGGAAUUGGGCUGCAUUUACUGAGUUAUUGAGAAGAUACAAGCAUAACAAAAAACUGAUGUGGGUUGGUCUUAAUUGUUUAGCAACUGUGACUGGUAUGUCAGACUCGGAGCGGCAGUUCUUGUUGCUUGGACAAAAGGCCGCUGAAAAUUAUCUUAUUGAGUUUGACGAAUACAUGGAAAAACUCAGUAAUAUCAAAGUCGUGUCAUCAGACAUUCUUGAAGCACCUUCAACCGACUCAUGUUCUAUGCUGGGAUCUGUUAUUACAGUUGCUGGCUUUCAGUUUCCAGUAGUUGAUCCAACUAAGCAGAGAGAUGAGCCCCUCCAACGUGGCGUACAAACUACGGAGCAAAACCUGCGGAGUCUCGCCUUGGCACUCGUCUCAGGUCGUGCUAUCUGCCUCCAGGGACCAGUUGGUUCUGGCAAGACAGCUUUAGUUGAACACUUCGCUAAUCUCACAGGGCGUGGUGGCCUCCCACACCUGAGUAAAAUCCAGCUUGGUGAUCAGACAGACAGCAAAAUGCUGCUUGGUUCAUAUCGCUGCACUGAUAUCCCUGGGGAAUUUGUUUGGCAGUCUGGAGUCCUUACAGAGGCUGUUGAAAAAGGCUAUUGGUUAUUGCUGGAAGACAUUGAUUCAGCACCAAGUGAUUUAGCUUCUGUUUUGGCAUCUCUUCUUGAAACAAGACAUCUUUUUGUGCCAGGAUAUCGCGAUUCAAUACCAGUAGCUCGUGGGUUUCAACUGUUCUUGACUCGUAGAUUUACAAAGAGUGGAAGUGAAAAGAUAAGUGUGUCAUCAUCACUGUUGGAGUCUCAUUGGAUCACUGUGGAUAUCAAGCCUCUUAAAAAGGCAGAACUGCUACAAGUUGUCAAGGGGGUGUUCCCUGUUCUGGAGCACAGUGCUGAAAAUCUAAUAAACACCUUCUCAGUAUUUUCACAAGGAAGGCAUGAGGAGAAUCCUGAACAAAUGGUUAAGAAUCCCAUAAAGAAACGUAUUCUUGAAGAGCUGAAGCAGAAGCUGGGAAGUGGAAGACUCACUUCCACAAGGGAUCUUUUGAAAUGGGCUGUGCGCUGCAGCGAAGUUUACAAACAUAGUCCAAAGGGAAAUAAAGACGCUGCAUUGAACGUGUAUGCCGACGCUGUGGACAUCUUCUGCCUUUCCGAGAACAAGAAAGAUGUGCGUAUUGCUGGUGCUAAAGCUGUGGGGAGUUUCUUGAGUGUGCUUGUGGAUGCAGAUAAUUAUCUUAAUGUACAUAAGCCCACAAUUUCUGAAACAGAUCGUCAGAUUACAGUUGGACGAGCCACACUGAUGAAGAAGAAAACUGAUGAGAUUGCAAUCCAACGUGGGCAGCGAAUUGCCCUUGUCCCACCCGUGGUUCGACUUCUUGAAGGAGUAGCCCGUGCAAUACAGUUUUGUGAGCCAGUGUUGCUCGUGGGUGAAACAGGCACAGGAAAAACUUUCCUCGUUCAGCACCUAGCACAAAGAACUGGAAAUCCACUACUGGUCAUCAAUAUGAACCAGCAGAGUGAAACAACAGAUCUCCUCGGAGGCUAUAAACCAAUGGAUCUGAAGUUUAUAGUGAGACCUGUGAGAGAAAAAUUUGAGAGACUUGUGCGUAGUAUUGCAUGGGAAGAUGGCCUUAAAUUUUUAGUGAAGCUGGCGAGAGAGUAUCAUAGCCGAAACUGGAAAAUAGUACUCCUUAUGAUGAAGCGUAAAACGUCUUCUGUCUUGAAGAAGUUACGUAAGAAGUCUAACCCCAGUGAAGAAAUUACCAGUAUGAUUUCAAACUGGAAACAGUUAAGUGGUGAUUUGUCAAGGUUAGAGAAGCAGAUUUCCUCUAAUGCUAUGGCCUUCACUUUUAUCGAGGGAAGUCUUGUCAGAGCUGUCCGUGAAGGAAAAUGGGUGCUCCUUGAUGAAAUCAACUUGGCACCACCAGAAACGUUGGAAUGCUUGUCAGGGCUAUUGGAAGAUGGAGCUGUGGGUAGCCUCCGCUUAUUGGAACGAGGUGAUGAGCAACCUGUUCCAAGGCACAAGGACUUUCGUCUCUUUGCUUGUAUGAAUCCUGCUACAGAUGUCGGCAAGAAGGAACUGCCUGCUGGCUUACGUAACAGGUUCACUGAAUUCUUUGUAGAUGAACUUACAUCAGAGAGUGAUUUGAAAGAAAUGAUGCAUUGUUACAUUGGACAACUUGGACUCGGAGCAAGAAAAAUAAAGGAUUUAGUGCAGUUCUACUGCAAACUGAAAAAUGUUGACAGUUAUAGUCUUUGUGAUGGGACUGGAAAUAAACCACACUACAGUUUGCGGACAUUGUGCCGAGCUCUGACUGUUGCUGCAAAAAACCUGUGUGGGUCGGUGCCACGUUCUCUGUAUGAAGCCUUUUGUAUGAGCUUUUUAACACAGCUGGACUAUAAUUCUCAUCCAGUUGUAGAGGGAGCUAUAAGAGAUGCUGUGCUGUCAGGUAAAAAAGACACUGGAAAUGAAUUAAACAGACAGUUGCCAGUACCUGGGAAAGAGAACUUGUAUGUUUGUGUUGAAGGAUUUUGGAUCCGAAAAGGAACUCUGGAUCCAUUUAUUCCACAGAAGUACAUAUUGACAGAAUCUGUUAGCCGCAAUUUGCGAGACCUGGCACGUAUUGUGUCUUUGGGCCAACUGCCUGUGUUGCUGCAAGGUGACACGUCAGUUGGCAAGACGAGUAUUGUGACUUACUUGGCUCAGAUAACAGGUCACCACUGUGUGCGAAUCAACAACCAUGAACACACAGAUCUGCAAGAAUAUGUGGGUUCUUAUAUUGCUGAUGCUUCUGGAUCACUAGUUUUCAGAGAGGGUGCGCUGGCAGAGGCAAUGAGACAUGGCCACUGGGUUAUAUUAGAUGAGCUGAAUUUGGCACCAACAGAUGUUCUGGAGGCUUUGAAUCGUGUUUUGGAUGACAACAGAGAGCUAUUCAUUCCUGAGACACAAGAAGUCAUAUCGGCACAUCCAAACUUCAUGUUGUUUGCAACGCAGAAUCCACCUGGUCUGUAUGGUGGGAGAAAGUUGCUGUCCAGGGCAUUUCGCAACCGGUUUGUCGAGUUGCACUUUGAUAAAAUCCCAUCACACGAACUGGAAACUAUAUUAGAGAAGCGCUGUGAACUGCCUGAAUCUUACGCUCGUCGAAUGGUGAAUGUGAUGAAAGAUCUACAGGUCCACCGGCGAAGCAGUGUUGCUUUUGCUGGAAAUAAGGGAUACAUGACACUUCGAGACUUGUUUCGCUGGGGAGAGAGGUACCGACGUGCUCCUCACAGCAGUGGUUUCCAGGACUGGAAAGAAUACAUGGCUGAAGAAGGAUUUCUCGUACUGGCCUGUCGAGUUCGCUGUAAGGAGGAGGAGGAAGUGAUCUGGAAUGUAAUCACGAAACAUUUUGGCAGCUCCUCCAACCGACAAAAUCUGUUUUCGUUCACAGACAACACAUCCUUGGUUACGUCACCAAUUCUGCAGAAAAUUAAAGCUCUUAGCAGUAAAAAUCCAGACAGUGGUAUUGUGUGGACACAUGCUAUGCGGAGAAUGGCAGUACUUGUAUAUAAAGCAUUUGAGUUUGAUGAACCAGUGCUUCUGGUGGGUGAAACUGGUUGUGGAAAGACAACUGUAGUCCAGUACCUUGCAGCUCUACAGGGUCACACUCUCUACACACUGAACUGUCACAUGCACACAGAGGGCUCUGAUUUCCUGGGAGGUCUACGUCCUGUUAGGCAUCGUAGCCAAGAUGAUGACAGUCCAAAGAAGUUAUUUGAGUGGGUAGAUGGCCCCCUCAUUAAGGCAAUGGAAGAAGGAUCAUGGUUUCUCUGUGAUGAAAUAUCACUUGCUGAUGACAGCGUGUUGGAGAGAUUGAACUCAUUACUAGAGCCAGAGCGGAAACUCCUGCUCUCUGAAAAAGGUAGCACAGGAUCAGUUUCUGAUGGUGCAGGUGACAGCUCUUGUAUUGUUACAGCUGCUCCAUCCUUUAAAUUUGUUGGGACAAUGAAUCCUGGUGGUGACUAUGGAAAGAAAGAGCUUUCUCCAGCUUUACGCAAUCGAUUAACGGAGAUAUGGUGUGAGUCACACUCGAAGCGGCAAGAUUUAGAACAAAUUCUAAAAGCUAAUCAGAAGGGUGGCUUGCAAUUAGAUGUCUCUGUUCUUGUUAUGGAUUUUCUCGAUUGGUUUACCAGUACAAAAAUUGGCUCAAAGUUUCGUGUAAAUGUCCGUGACCUCAUCACAUGGGUAAACUUUUACAAUGUAUGCACAUCACUGAAAGGGAUGUCUCCUGCACUUGCUUAUGUACAUGGUGCUUUCCUGACGUUUCUUGAUAGCUUUGGUUCAGGGAUCACUUCCAAUGAAAGUGAAGAAAAUUUGAACAUUUUGAAAUCAGCUGCUGUGCAAUUCUUGGCAAAACAAGUGAAUAUCUCAGAAGAAAGCCUCGAGCAACCUGCUAACAUUAUUCGGGGCAAAAAUUUAUGCAUUCGACCAUUCUCCAUUGAGACAGGUCCUUUGCGAAAUCCUCUGAAAGGAUUUACCUUUGAUACGAAAACAACAUUAUUAAAUGCAGAGCGUGUGCUGCGAGGCCUGCAGUUGACCCGGCCCGUACUUUUGGAAGGCAGUCCAGGCGUUGGAAAGACAGCUUUAGUUGCCGCUCUGGCGUGUCUUGCCGGGCAUCACCUUGUACGCAUCAACAUAUCGGAGCAGACGGAUAUUUCAGAUUUGUUUGGAGCAGAUUUGCCAGUAGAUGGUGGAGGUGAAGGACAGUUUGCAUGGCGUGAUGGUCCAUUGCUUAGAGCUUUAAAGGAUGGGGACUGGAUACUCCUAGAUGAGUUGAAUCUAGCGUCUCAGUCUGUAUUAGAAGGCCUCAAUGCCGUAUUUGAUCAUCGUGGAGAAGCAUAUAUUCCAGAACUGGGAUGUUCGUUCAAGUUACGGCAUCAAACACGAUUAUUUGCCACACAGAACCCACAGCGCCAAGGUGGAGCUCGUAAAGGUUUACCACGAUCUUUCCUUAAUAGAUUCACACAGGUCUACAUCUCAGCUUUGACAACAGAUGAUCUUGAAGCUGUGUUGAGUGCAAAAUACCCCAAGUUAGAGCAGAACCUUAUCCGUCAGAUGGUACAAUUCAAUGAGAAAAUUCGCUAUGAGACCACAGUAUUAGGUCUGUGGGGUCAGCGAGGUGGUCCUUGGGAGCUGAACUUGAGAGAUCUUUCACGAUGGGCUAAUGCUAUAGUUGCUGGUCAAGCAUUUGACAAUCCAGGGCUCUAUCUACCACUCAUUUAUGCAUCCAGAAUGCGCACACAGCAUGACAGAGAACAGGUCUUUAGGGUGGCUGCAGAGGAAGGUUUCACAGUGCCAACAUGCGAGUCUUCAGUGACAGUCACGACAGACAUGCUUCAUGUCGGUGAAACGACAACAGAAAGGCUGGGGCGACAGAUGAAAUUGGGGAGAAUGCGUGGCUUGCUUGAACCACAUCCCAAACGCCGCAUGCAUUUACAGCUGGCAGCAUCGACGUCUGGUCCUUUCUCGAGGGACCCAGUGGUUCUGAGGAGCUUGCAGCCAGCUCUGCAUUCACUUCUCCGGUGCCUUAGUCUGAAAUGGAUGCCUAUAUUAGUUGGACCUUCCGGCUGUGGGAAGACUAUGCUUGUCAAACUGGCAGCGCAACUAGCAGGACGUGAGCUGCGCGUACUAUCAUUUAAUUCUGCUAUGGACACAAUGGAAAUCCUGGGAGGAUUCGAGCAGGUUGACCACUGGCGAAGACUGUCAGAUAUUUCAAGAGAAGUUGAGUGGGUAGUCUAUGCUUUUGUACGUUCAUUGCUUCUGCAAAAUGAGUGGCAUGGAUUGUCAAUUCUGCAGGAAUGGCAUGCUUUCUGCCAAAACACUACUGAUAAACAACAACAAAAUAGUGUGAAUGAUUUCCUCAUGAAAGUUAAUAUUUUGGAAGAUAUUGUCGCAGACAUCUCUUCAAGCCCUGUAAAAAUGGUACCAGAGAAUUCUGUGCAACAAAUACUGGAAAAUCUUGGCAACAAGCUCACUGAUUUAAGAUCUCAAGUAAUAGCUGAUGGCAGCCUAAGCGGUGGUGGAAAGUUUAUGUGGGUAGACAGCAUCUUGAUAAAGGCACUGAAGGAGGGAUGUUGGCUGCUUGCAGAUAAUGUGAACCUGUGUUCACCAGCUGUUCUGGACCGAUUAAACGCUUUGAUGGAGCCUGGAGGAAAACUUGUAGUUGAUGAACUUGGUGUGAAUGCUGAUGGAAGGGUUGUUUCCAUUGAACCACAUUCAAAAUUUCGUCUUAUUAUGACAAUGGAUCCACAUCAUGGAGAAAUUUCAAGGGCAAUGAGAAACCGUGGUGUGGAAAUAUUUAUACAAACGGAAGAGGAUUUUAGGAACUUAGAUGAAUUGUCAAUUCUUUUUAGAUGUGGAAUAAAAAAUUAUCACCACCAAAGUGCAUUAUUGGAUGUUCAUCAUGCUGUCUGUAGCAUGCUUGGAGUUUCAGAUAAAACACUCAACCUCUCAAGGCUAGAACAGACAGCUUCAUUACUGUGGCAUCAACUCGCACGAGGCCACAAGGCACUGACAUCUCUCCCCGCUGCAUGUUACGAUGUUUACACCCGCGCUGUGGGCAGCAGUCAGUCCCUUCGGGCCAGCAUCCAACAAGUCCUCGUGGAGAAGCUGUCGCGGUACAGGAGCUUCCUGAAACACAGCACUCGAGAAGACACUUUUCUUCCACUGUCAGCACUCGCGUGCCCUGCGCCACUGCUUACUACGAACAGCAUUUUCACUGGACUGAAGAGUUCUGCUGCUGCUCUUUUGACAGUAGCAGCAAAUGUGGAGUUGAGUAGUGAAACAAUUUCCAUGGUGACAGGUGUUGAUGUGGCGCAAAAUUCCACAAGCCUUCUUGACGACCUCACAUUUGUUCUUUUUUCUAUGAUGUCACACAGAGGAAUGCAAUUGGCUGACAUUUGGCUACCAUCCAAAGUUCAGUCCAGUGGUAAUGGAAUUCUUCAGCCUGCUCUUCAAAUGUACCAAAAACUUUCAGACAAAUGGAGGAGAUUGCUUGGCUCUGUAGUUGUGCCAAGACGGUUGGGUGUGGGCCUGCAAGAAGUCGAUAUCUGUGACUGGAAAGAACUUCCGUGGGAUAUAAGAUGGUUGCCAUUUGCCCAACAACAAUGCAGUAACAUUAACCUUAACUGGCAUGCUUACUGUGCCACAGUAAAUAGUAUACAUCUUUUAAAUUAUUGUACCUUCAUCAGUCAGCAGAUGGAAAAAAGAAAAGUAAAACCUUCUAGUCUCACACUGUUGGAUCUCUCGCAAAAGUUCACUAAAGGUGAAGUUGAUUCCAUUCAUUGCCAACAGUUGCUGCUGCAGAAACUCUACACUUUGGUGACUGCAGUCAACAUUUGUAUUGAGCAAUUGGCAGUAAUGUGCCCAGAAAUGUUCAGUGAUGAUAACAGUUUGGCAGAAAUUAUGAAUGCUGUUAUGUGGGUUGAACGUUUCACCCAACAGGGAUAUCAUCCUGUUCCCAAAGGAGGUGUCAGGCCAAGCUCUGUUGAAAUGUUGACUCUGCAUUUUUGCUGGUUGCGAAAGCAUGUCAUUCCGUUAAUUACCAAUGAUAGAUUGUGCAGAAUCAUACCACGUGCUCGUGAAGUUCUGCAGAUAGCGGGAAGCCUUAAUGACGUGUUCUUACAAGGUACAUCAGCUGUUAUCACAAUCAAUCGGCGACUGCGUCACAUUAUGGGGUAUGUUCUUCAUAUGGACUGUGAUCUUCGUGUGAAACUUAACAGGACUUGUGCGAUACUUAGCUGCUGGCAAGAGCACGAAAGAGAAGCACAGAAGCAAUUUGGUGCAGAGUGGAUUAAAGCAUUCUUAACAAAACCAUCAGGUGUAAAAACACGAGAAAAUCUUAUUGAGGCAUAUUGCAUGUUAUGGUCAGAUUGCAGUUCUGCAGAAGUUACACGUUUGUCAGAUGAUGCUAUCGGUAGCUUCUCAGCCGAAGAUGAAGACGAAGAUGACCAUCAUACAAGUGAUGCAGCAUUUGAAGGAGAACGUGAAGCAGCUACUGUACCUUCAGAGUUGUGGCCAGUCAUGGAAGUACUGUCGCUUCGCUUGGGAGUGGCAGCUCUUGCUGUGUUGUUGCAGAACCCAGACAAAACGUCGGAGGAAGACAGCAAGGUGGUCGAUGAAGCUGCUAAAUUUUUCUCUCGGUUGCCCAGCACCCCCCUGAAGCUCGCAGCAAUCUACCAGACAGCAAAGCACACAAAGUUACAGGAUGGAAUAGUACCUGAGAUGAUUAGAUGGCAGUUAGCACACCUGGUGAAGUCCCUGGCAUGUAAUAAUACUACUACUGUAAAGUCUGCAGAGCGUUUAGUAGAGGUGGUGGAUUUAGAAGCAGACACCAGUAAGAUAAAUUCUUGUCUGCCACAUUACUCUCUGUUGGCCUUACAUAGUUGGAGACUAGUGGAAAAGGCAUUUGGCAUUGGUGCAAAUGGAGACAUGCUGCAAAAUGUUUCACUCAGUGAUUAUAAGGAGCACUGCACCAGACUGGAGACGUUGCGUGCAUUUUUAUGGAAAAAUGCCGUUGCACUUGACAGCAGUUACCUUGAUAUUGUGUAUUAUGAUGCUUUAGCUUGUAAAGGAACAUUCAGCUGGUUCCUAGAUGCCCUGAUACAUUCAGUACCAAGCUCAAAUAGUCUGCUUACCAGCAGUCUAUCUAUUAGUGAAAAGAUUGAUACCGCAAGAAAGUUUCUGAGGAUUGCGGAGCCUCAUAGAAAUUAUACAAACAACCUGAAUGGAUGUCUUUCUCUUUGUGAGUCUUUUGAAGACAUAGUGCAGUUUCACGAACAAUUACAGCAGGAACUCAGUCACGGAAAAUCUGCUAUGCAUAUCAGAAUCACUGCAAUGGCAAGCCAACUUUGGUUUGCAAUGGGCCAAUUUCAGAUGUCAAUAUUUACUCAUCUUGGUCUUGUCGAUCCUGUUAGGAAGAGGACGAUGAAGUUGUCCUACGCCAAGGAAGAGUUGGAGUUUGUCGAACGUCUUCUCAAAGCGUUUGAGAUAACAGCAAGACUACAGAGCCGAAACUGGGAAGUUAUUCCAGAUGCUGAGGUGCCGUCCUUCAUUCGUACCUUAAGACUUCUUAAGGCAAUGUUGAACGAAAAAUGCACGAAACUUGAACAACAAAUAUCCACCAGGCCACAGAAUGCUAAGCCUUUCACACUUCUCAGGAAGGAAAUCGAAAACUACAAGUUGAACCUUCAUGGAAAAAUGGGAGAACUUAGUAAGCAACUGUCAGCAGUCACCCACAAAUUACUGCAUAAAGAGACCCAGAAUGGUACGACACAGGGAAUCCCAGAAAACAGAAUGUAUGACAUUUUGAAUAUAAGAAGAGAGGCAGUUGAUGUGAUUGAUACGGCAUUCGGUAUGCGAGAAUCGCAGCAAGCAUUUACUGCCAGGCUUCAGAAUAUGUAUGGAGACCACUACCCAGAUCUUGUGACUCCUAUUCUCUUUGCUCUUACUCAGGUUUCAUAUGCCAUUGAAGUACAGUGCAGUGUGAUCCAUAAACUUACUGAACCAAAUGAUGAUACUUGGAAACUGCUUUGUUACCCUUCUAUUGGUACUGUUUAUCAAACAGUCAAUGAAAUUGUAUUGAAGUCAAGCUCAGGAAGUGAUUGGAGUUUUCAGCAAUGCAUGGCUAGCUUGCAUGAUCUCGGAUGUCUGAUGUCUGUUAUGGGUAACUACAAUGAUAACUGCAGGAAAGUAUGGGCACAUUUACAUAACCAUCUGAAAUAUGUCGUGUCUAUUUGGAAGAAACAGGAUGAUGAAAAACGGCUUCGUGAGAAGGAGAAAGAAGCUCUUUAUGUACACAAGAGUACUGUAUCAGAAGAACAACAAAAUGAAGAGGAGCUAAAUAAACUCUUUCCAGUGUGGAGCAGUCAAGACUUCUCAGAAUUCCAGCCACAAAGCCUUGAACAAAGCAGGCCAGUUUCAGAUAGCCUGGCAUCAAAGGAUUCACAGCAGACAAAUCCUUUAUUAACGGAAGAUGAUAUCUACUCAGUAGUGAAGCUACACGGUUCUCUUGUAAGAGCCUUCAGUCACUCAUUGUGGCUUCAAGGAUCAGCCAAACAGUACACACCUGAUUUUUCAAAGGCAUUACUCCUCAGGUAUGAACACAUGCAUGAAGAUAUUCCAAAUAUUCUUCAGUCACAGGGCAGCUUUGUUGACAGUAAACUAAUUACAAGUCUUCUGGUACUAGUGACAACAGAGUCACACAGAAGAAGAGUUGAAAAAAGUGAUUUCUACCAAACGGGGCAAAUCGAGGAGACUACACGAUGCCUUCCUGUUCUGAGGGGAAUUCGAAGUGAUAUUUGUAAGCUCUUAGAGCAGUUUCCAAAUUUUCCUACAUUGAGUCAGAUGCUCAUUGUGGUGGACCGAAUAUUAGGAUUUCCUGUCUCAAGCCCACUACCACGCUUUCUCACGGGGCUGGAACUUUUGCUGAGUAAGUUUGAGGAAUGGGAACAGAAUGCUCACCAAGGAGUUAGUCUGCUGGAACACCGUGCUGCUCUGACACAGCUGAUUUUUGACUGGAGGCGGAAGGAACUGGACUGCUGGAAAUCGGCAUUCGAUGCUGCUUUGGCCAGGGCGGAAACUAAAGCCACAAAAUGGUGGUUUUACCUCUUUUCAGUAAUUGAGUCCUUUGUCUCUGAUGAAGGAGAAAAGACUUCUAUCCCUGAAUUGGAAGGAACGUUGAAAGCAUUUAUAGAAAAUGGAACACUUGGAGACUUUGAAACCAGACUUGAGAUGCUUUUCAACUUCCACUGUCAUGUGCUGCACAUGGAAACCUCAGAAAGGCAAGAAGCGAUGUUGUGUUUGCUGUGGAACCUAUACAAGAGAUUUUCGCAGCUAAAAGUACCUAUUGCAGAGCGUCUUGCACGUCUGAGAAACCCUAUAGAACGAGAAUUACGUGAUUUUGUAAAGAUUUCCCACUGGAAGGACACAAGUUACUGGGCAGUACGAGAAGCAGUUGCUAAGAGCCACCGCACUGUCCAUAAGCGUAUUCGAGAAUUUGAGAAAGUGUUGGCUGAACCAGCUCUUGUUCCUGGUGUAGGAGUUAAAACUGGAGGGACAAUUUUUGUUAGAUUCCCCACAGUUAAUGCUGCUGCCUUCAUUAUGCCUUUGGCUUGGCGAAAUCUCUUCACAAUGGGUGAUGUCCUUCCACACUUGGAAUCACUAUUUAUGAAAUGUCGCCGACGCAGCCGCCAACUUGUCGAGAGAAGUGAAUAUGGUAUGCUGCUUGGUACACUUGCUUCAGUAAUGAACGAACUUUUUGAGAGAGCAGAUGAAGAUAACAAGACGGAGGUGAAUAGAUCAUUGCCCAAAGAGAAACAAAAGUCAGAAGCUAAGCACUUAUUGCACAGGAGACGAAAGACACUGACUGACAUCUUUCACAGUUUGCAGUUAAUGGGACUGUCAUAUCGCACUGGACGCCGUCUCUGUGAAGAUCAGAGAAUGAGCUGCCUCGUUCUCUCGCCAGUUGAUCCAGUGAUUGCAGUCACUAGCCCAGAUGCAGAGCUUCUUUCUGCUCAUGCUGCUGAUUCACUUGUGAAGCAGUCUUGGUUAGGUUGUGAAAACCUCUCCUGCUGUGCUGAAAUACAUUAUGAGCAGCUUGUUGGUUUUCUGAAAUCACCAGCUCAGGAUCUUGGCCCAGCAAACAUUGAGAGACUGCAAGGCUUUGCAUUUCAUCUUCUGGCAUUGGCAAGAGAACAAAAAUCCAUGAUAAGCAGUUCAGUAAAACAACUGCAUGGGUUGCGGAGAAUUGUGAUGGAACUCUCAACCCAUUGCCAAGACACUUGUGAUGGGGUUAAACCAUCAGAAAUUGUUCAAGCAAAGUCUCGUGUGGUGGAUCUGCUGGCAACUGUGCAGAUGUGCAUGGAGCAGUUUCGCGUCGCUCUCAAGUCUUGCCCCUCUACAUCGUCUCCUCAGGUGCCCCAAGUGUGGUUAUCUACUAAGAAUCACACGCCUGCUUUGGUGUCGGCAUCAUAUGGUGAUGCCGAAUGGCGAGAUAGUGAUGCUCUCAUUUGUGACGUUGUUUUAAUGACUGGGAAGCUGAAAGCUCCUCUUGAUAUCCCUGUUAUAAAGCUGAAAUCAGUUGUGGAAGCAUACAGUGGUUUACAGACAAUUAUGCAAAAGCUCAAGAAAUUGCAGUUAAAAUUUGAAGAGGACGAUACAAACUUUUCACAGAAUCCAUUGGCAGAAUGCCUUAGGUGGCUAUCCACACAAGUACAUCAGGAAUUGGAAAGUUUCCACCAGUCUAGUUUAUUUGCAACAGUGAAUUCACCAUCAUACAAAAGUGGUUCACAAGUGUUAGGAACUGAAUCAAAAACGGAUGAUUUCAUGUUUGAUGUGUUAAGUCAAGUUCCAAGAGUUCAUCUAUCACCUGAUCUUCUUAGAGACCCUACUUUUAGGCCCAAAAUGAAAGAAAUCCUUGUGAAAAUAAUGCUGGUUGUUCAGAAACUAUAUAAAAGGAAUGACAAAAUAUUAGUAGGUGCAGGAAACGAUGACGUCUGCAAUGUGAUGGAGGGGGGAACUGACAUGGAAGAAACACAGAGUAUUGAUAAGGAAAACAACAUGGUGAAGAAUGCUGUGAAUGGCGUAAGUUCCACUCCAUCUGUGGAUGCUUUUGAACAUGAAAACCAUCAUGAGCUUCAAAAGGAUCACUUUAGGGAAAAGAUACUUGGUGGAUUAAAAAAUGACAUUAAUUAUUUGAAUCUGAGUGCUAUCUUUGACACUGUUUCAGAUAUUAAAAACAUGUUAAUUAGUGUAUUAGAAGUAGGAAAAGAAACAGAAACAUCUGUGUAUUACAAAAGGCUGAUUCAGAUGCUGCUGCCAUUCCUGCACCAGCUGGCACUCCUUGCAGAACUUACUGUAUUUCAACAAAUUCAAGCAUUUCAUGUAUCGUGCCAGUUACUCAAUAAACUGUUGCCUUUGUUCCAGCAUCUUGCACAAAAGGGCUUUGGCAUACCUCCUGAUCUAAUGCCAGAUGAUGAAGGCGAGGAUUCGGGACCUGCUAAAGGAGGUAUGGGGCUAGGUGAUGGUGAAGGUGAGACAGAUGUUUCGGAGCGAAUUGAGAGUGAAGAUCAAUUGGAAGAUGCCCGCCCUAAGGGGCAGGAGCCAGAAACAGAUGAUGAAAAGGAGUGCAAGGAGGAAUCGAAAGGAAUAGAAACAUCAGAGGAUUUUGGUGGGAAAGCACAAGAUAUUGAUAAAAGUGGAGAUGAUGAGAAUGAAUCAGAAGGUAAUAGUGAAGAAGAUUUGGAUGCUGAAAUGGAUGACACUACAGGUGCAGAAGAGAAACUUGAUAAACAGGUGUGGGGUAGUGACUCAGAGGAUGAGAAAGAAGAGGAAAUGCCUGAAGAUGAUGCAGGAGGGGGAGAGAAGGAUGGAGAACCAGAACUUGGAGCAGCCAAUGGCAAAAGGAAACGUGAUGAAGAGAGUGAUGAAGAAGCUGGGAGUGGUGAUGAAAAGCGCAAACAACAGCGUCCAGAAAUUAAUGAAAUGGAUGAACCUGAGCCAGAUGAUGAUCAGAUUGACCCAUAUCAUGGCAAACAACCACCAGAGCCUGAGCCUGAAGCAUUUGACCUACCAGAAGACCUACAACUGGAUGAUGGUGCAGGAAAAGAUGAUGCAGAAGCAAAUGAAGAAAACCCGUUUGAUAUUGAUGAAAUGAAAGAACAAAAAGAGCCAGAGAAAGAAAAUACAGAUGAAACAUCAGAGGGAAAGGAGAAAAAUGAUGACAAAACUGAAGAACCAGAAAGUUCAAGUGAAGAUGAAAUGGAUAAUAAUGAAGACCCCAAUGGAACUACAGGGUUGGAGCAAGGAGCUAGUGAUAAAGAAGAGGAAAAUGCUGAGAUUACAAAAGGAGAAAAGGAUGGGAAAGAAGGAGAAAAUGAAGAUAAAGGGGACGACCAAGAAGAAGCCAGACCAUCAGAUGACCAGCCCAGUCACAAUGCUGCGGAGCCUGCACCAGAACAGGCUGAAGCUGGCUCAAAAGACCAGGUGUCAUCAGUCCCCAAAGAAGAUGAGAAAGAUUCCAAAGAUGGAGGAGAUGCAGGAGAUCCAGGUGAAAUGGAGCAGUCAGGAGUGGGUGGAGCACAAAUGAAAGAUGAUCCAACUGGGCACCAGGGGAGACCAGAGGGAGACAGUACGCCAGAAGCACGAGCAGACCAACAGGGGCAGAGAGAUGUGCGCAAGAGGGACCGACCAGGGCAGAGCGACGCACAACGUAGUCUAGGUGAUGUGAAAGAACCAACAGUAAAACGGCUGAAGACGGUGGAUGUUACAAAUAAGGAACAAGAGUCCAAGUCAGAGGAUGAGACAGAAGAAGGUGCGGAUUUAGGCCGCAGUGCUGAUCUCUACCAACACAUACGUGAUUCCAAACAAGCAUUUGAUGCACACACUAUAGAUGCGGCCACAGAGGAGCAAGCAGAGAAACAGCCUGUUCCAAAUUUGGAAGAAGAAAAGGGUGAAGAACUGAAUGAUGAUGAUAUAGAAAUGAUAGAAGAUCAACCACCAGCUAAUGAGAAGAGUCCACAGCAGCGUAUUCCAGCUGAGAAUGUUCCUGGUACGAAAGACAAGUCUGACCUUGCUGGAGAAAAUAUGGACACUGGUGGAGACGGAGAAACUAAUGUAGAAGUUGAAGGGGAGCGUGUAGAAACAGUUGGUGUGAAACGAGGUGCGGAGACUACUUUCAAUACCACCAUAAAAGAAAGUGAAUCCGUUCCUGUAUCGAGACAGGUAGUGGAAGAGGAAACACAAGCCAUACGACUGGCUCUUGAGAAACAGCUUGGGUCUUGGGUACAGCCACCAUCUGAUGCAGAAGCUGAAAGAGCUUGGGAUUCUUUCAGCCACACCACUCAAGAAUUGGCUCGAGAUCUCUGUGAACAGUUACGCCUCGUGCUAGAACCAACUCAAGCAUCACGUCUUCGUGGAGAUUUCAGGACAGGGCGCCGAAUUAAUAUGCGGAAGGUUAUCCCAUAUAUUGCUAGCCAGUUUCGUAAGGACAAAAUAUGGUUGCGUCGAACAAAACCAUCAAAGAGAGAAUAUCAGAUUGUUCUAGGCAUAGAUGAUUCUUCCAGCAUGGACUAUAACCAAGCCAAAGAGAUGACAUUUGAGUCCGUGGCCCUGGUCAGCCAAGCGCUGACACUCCUGGAAGUGGGUGAACUCGGAGUUGUCAGUUUCGGAGAGGACAUCCACAUCCUACACCAACUGGGACAGCCGUUCACCCACACUAGUGGUGCAACACUGCUGCAACACCUUCGUUUUGAUCAGCGAAGUACAAAAGUGGGCUCCUUAGUCCAGUUUGUGACUGAGAUGUUUGAGAACCAUGGGACACGCAGCUCUGCAGAUCGAGCACAGCUGUUAGUCAUCUUGUCUGAUGGACGUGGUGUUCGCAGUGAAGGGAAGUUGCUUGUAGAAAGGGCCGUUGGUCGAGCACGUCAAGAGCGAAUUUUCACUGUGUUUAUUAUUAUUGAUAACCCAAAAUAUGAGACUUCAAUUUUGGAUGUGCGAAAUACUGACUUCACUGGUGGGAAAGUUAAAUUCACAUCGUAUAUGGAUGACUUUCCAUUUCCAUUCUACGUAGUGCUUCGAGAUGUUAGUGCUCUUCCGGCAGUUCUUAGUGAUGCCCUGAGGCAGUGGUUUGAAUUAGUUGUAACAAUUGAUAGUUAGAGGUGGUUGUUCUUGCAUAUAUGCUCUUAAUGGUUCCUGUUUUGUAUUCUGUAACUAAGCUGUGGUUUUUUGCAUUGAAUAUGUCACCACAAGUGAUUUUACAUGUAACAAAGGUCAUGCAACCCUGCAGUAUUUUGUAUUUUAAUGUGCAUGUAUGUGUUCAGUAAAUUCCAAAUACGGACUGACAUGGAAUGCAGUUACAGUGGUAGCAGACUUUUCUGUGAAGUAUUGAGAUGUAAACUCCAAAUAUUUUUGGAGAAUUUUAAUCACAACAGUGAUCGCAUUAUGAAGUCUUCUUUUUUUCACUUUCCUUUUAGAGUAAUAAAUGAGUUUGUAAGUGUCAGAAUGUACCAGUAUUGCUUUUUCCUCCUCUUCCACUAUAAGGUCGAGAGAGAGCUUUGUAUUGUAUCAUGCAAAAAUACAUUUUGACUCAUGUUCUGUUCCACACUCAAUCAAAUGAAAUUUAAAUGAGUUAUUGUGGUUCUCUUCCUUAGAGGUUUUUGACGUUAUUAUGUUGUUGUUAUGAUGCCAAAAUUGAGUUUCACUCCACAUUUGUUGUGUGUAACACGACAAAAUGUGAAUAAGCUCCUACUGUCCUUGCUGAUUUUUUUUUUUUUUGUACCAAUUUUGAAGACUGCUUGUAGAUUACUUUUGUACCAAUUAAUUACUGUAUUGUGAGUGCUAAAUAGGAAAGAGAACAUUAAUUCAUUAAUUUAUUUUUUUCAAGGAUUGGUGUUCCUGUAUUUGCACUCUGAUACUACUUAAUCACCAUGUACUGUGUAUGUUUGGUUCAUGUAAAUUUAUUUUUGUUGAUUGUUUUAUAGUUCUGUACAUGUGAAUCAAAUUAUGUAUGAUUUUGUGAAUAAAAUAUUUGUAUAUGUUCUU